AUGGCGACAUCCCAGCAAUCGGUCCAUUGUAACCGGCCUUUCAUCACAUACCCGACAAGGGACCGUCUGUAUGGUCUGUGCUGGCGACCAGACGCUAGUAAAUUGCGGAUUGCAGCCUCCACCUUCAUCCCGGGCGAAUACGCCAACAAGAUUGAGAUCUUCCACCCCACAGCCAACAAGACGGAAGUGGUCUCGGCACUGGAGAUCGACCACCCGUAUCCGCCCUCCAAGAUUAUGUGGUCUCCAGCCUCGCUCGGUGCGCAUGUGGAGCUGCUGGCGACGACCGCCGACUUCUUGCGGCUCUGGACGAUAUCAGACUCGUCCAUUGAGCUGCACUCAAGAUUCACCGAGAGAAAAAACAUCAAUGAUGCUUGUGCACCGCUCACCAGCUUCGAUUGGAAUGAAUUGGAGCCCCGUAUUAUUGGAACUGCCAGUACAGGAAAUACGUGCACCAUAUGGGACAUCAAUCAACCAACGUCCCCGAAGCACCAAAUUGUUGCUCACGACACUGAAGUGUAUGAUAUCGCUUUUUCAAGUAGCGACCCCGAAAAUUUCGCCUCGGUGGGUGCUGAUGGAACGCUGCGCUUCUUUGAUCUAAGGUCCUUGGUCUCAAGUACAAUACUAUUCCGAACGACGGACGAAUCCGCUUUACUCAGGCUAGCUUGGAACAAGCGCGAUGAUCGGUUCAUUGCAGUUUUCGCUGCCAACAGCACUAAAAUCUCGGUGAUCGACAUUCGUCGUCCCGUCUACCCAAUGGCCGUGCUGGAUCACCACACGGAGAGCGUAAACUCCAUGUCGUGGUCACCCCAUUCAAGAUACAAUCUAUGCAGUGCUGGCGAAGACUGUGCUGCAAUUGUGUACGACAUUUGCGCAGAGAUGACGGGAUCAAAAGAACAAACCGUGGGCUCCUGGUACGCCUUAUUGAAGUCAGACGAGCCCAUCAAUCAGAUUCGAUGGUCACCCACCGAACCGAAUUCCAUCGCCAUGUGUGACGAGAAGGCGUUGCACGUCGUUCAGCUCUAG